GAAAGCACGAACUGCGUACAUCUUGUAAUAAAGUUGUUUCAAGGAUUAGCGAAACGAGAUUUUAAUAAUUGGUAGCCGAAAUGUCGAAAGUGACAGAAACGGCCUGCUUGUAAUACGAUACUAAAACGUUGGCCAAAGCCCAGAUAAAACAAAUGCAUGCUAAAAAUGUUUGGUAUUUUCUAAAACGACACCUCCUUCAGUAUUUUUUAUUAUAAAAAUUGUUUGUUUUUUUAAUUCCAUUGCCACCAUUCCCCCGAAUCAGAUUGAAUUUUAAGAUUUUUAUGUGAGCGUUGGCAACGGCGGAAAAUUUGUUUACAAUUUAAAGCGAAGAAAUAAGUUAAUAUUUUUGUUCCAUUUUACAACUGAUUAGUGACAUGGCAUUAUUUUAAAAUACAAUUUAUUUUUCCUGUAACAAUGAAUGCGUGAUUCUACAAAACAUGGAUAAAGUACAGGCGGCAGUUAAAAUCCAGAGCCACUGGAGGGGUUAUAACACAAGGAAACUACUGGUACAUGUGCACAAGUUAUACCACGAUAUAUUGUUUGAAAUAGAUGGCAGAAGAAACAAUGAUCAUGAAGUAUUUUGGUCCAGAAACAGAAAUUUAAAUUCAAUUCACCAAUGUGUAAUUCAAAGGCCCAUGAUACAAAAACGACCGACCAAAAUUCCAAAUGAAUCAAAUCCUAUUGAACAAAACUCUAAAUAUUGCGACACAAUCUCAGUGAAUACCUCUCUCUCGGAAGAUGAAACUGAUCCGAUCAUUGAAGAUGUAGAUGUUCCUCAAAAUAUAUCUUCCGAUCUUCCAGAUCAAAACCUAAAUGACGAAGAUCUGAAGAAUACAUUGCUAAACAGAAAAAGGGAUAUUACAUUAGAACUGCUGUGGGCUCAACAAGCAAUUGAAAGCAGAGUUAAUUAUUUAACUGUCAAACAAAAUAUGUUAACAGAUUCAAAGACUUGAAUGUUUUUUUUGUGUAGUUUAUCAUUUAAAUUUGUAUAUCCCACUGUAAUGCUAUAUUGUAUGUCCUAUGUUAGUACUUUUGUUUUGUUUAACAGACUGAAAACUUCCAAUUAAAAUCAUUAAAUACUGUGAUAUGAACCGCCAAAAGUUGCUUUUUCGCUGUCAAGAUUUACAGUGUCCUUUUACGACAGAUUAUUCAUGGAUUAAAACAACAGCAGGAAUAAAAUCACUGCUUCGCGUAU